GAGACAAGGAAAAGUCUACCACCGUGAGUCAGACCGAUCGACUUGAGGAGAGGGGAGGGGAGGGGAGGGGGCAGCCGGGGGAGGUGGCGUAUGCGUUUGGCUCAUCGAUCUGCUAUUCUUCGGACAAAGCGUUGCUGACACCGUUCAUAGACCCAAUCUACUCCGGGUAAAUUCCCCGGUCCCAAUGAGUUCCCCGUGGAAUCUCAAGUCGAUCGCGCGGUCGGUGUACAGGAUGACAUGGAGAAGAAGCCAGAGGGAGCUACGGUUCAAGAGGGUCAAGAUAGCUUUGAUCACUACAAACCUGCUGGAAAGAUGAGAGGCAUGAAAACGAUCGUCACGGGUGGUGAUUCCGGUAUCGGUCGUGCUGCCGCUGUCAUGUACGCCAUGGAGGGUGCCGAUGUCGCCAUCGUCUACCUUCCCGAGGAACAGGUCGACGCGGAAAAGACCAAGCAACUCAUUGUCCAGACUGGUCAGCAGUGUCUCUUGAUCCCUCAGGACAUUCGAGAUGAGCAGGGAUGUAACCGAAUCAUCGAGACUGUCGUCCAGGCUUGGGGACGGAUCGACGUACUGGUCAACAACGCCAGUGUGAUGUACUCGAUUCCUGACAUUACCGAUAUCACGACUGCCCAAUUCGACAGAACCAUCAAGACAAACAUCUAUGGCACAUUCUUCCUCACCCGAGCCGCCGUCCCUCACAUUCCCAAAGGAGGCAGUAUCAUUGUCACGGCCUCUCAAGUCGCGUACGCUGGCCCUCCUAUGCUCGUCGACUACAGUAUGACCAAAGGAGCUCAAGUCGCCAUGGUCCGAUGUCUAUCCAACCAGCUUCUCUCCAAGGGUAUCCGAGUCAACGCUGUCUGCCCUGGACCCGUUUGGACGCCUUUGCAGCCCGCUGCAAUGGACAAGGAUCAGAUGAAGGAGUGGCACAACUCGCCGGCGCCGAUCGGUCGAAUUGGUCAACCUUCUGAGCUUGGCCCUGCGUAUGUGUUCCUCGCUAGUCAGGAUGGAAGUUUCAUUUCGGGUCAAUCGAUCCACGUCAACGGAGGUGCUAUUGUCAAUGGAUAGGUGUCGGGUCGUCACAGAUGAGAUGUGUAGCUAUAUGCGUAUGCAAUGCCGAGACUGUAGUCCAUGCAAAAGGAGACCUAACCUCCCCAAC